AUAAAUUCACUCUCAGUGCGCGAGCGCGGCUGUGAUACUUCUGCGACUGUAAUGAAAGAUUGUGGACAGUUUUCCGACAGGUGAUCAGAAGAUAGCAGAUUGUCACAAUGUGUGGGUGCUGCUGUGCUAAGGAGGCAGAGGAAACAGCUUUAGUGGAGGAUGGAGAGGAGAAGAGAGAACUGACUAAUCCUAUCAAGAACCGAGGAUGUACUGAUAUUGUUGUCCUCAUCAUUUUCAUCCUCUUCUGGGCAGGCAUGAUAUAUAUUGCUGUGUUUUCUGUGAUGCACGGUGAUGCCUUUCGCCUGGUAUAUGGCUAUGACAGCUUCGGGAACACCUGUGAUGAGGAUAAUACCGGGCGAUCCAUACCGAACGUCACCUUGUCAGGCAUGAACAUGAAGAACAGACCAUCGAGAAGGAGAUUUGUGUUUUUUAUGGACAUCAGUAACCCUUCAACCAAGAUGUCUCUGUGUGUAAACAAAUGUCCAGACUAUGACCUGAAUAGCAUCAAUGAAGUGCGUGACUUUUCCCGGUCAGAAGGAUCCAUUCUGUGUCGCUAUGAUAUCAACUUUACAGACUACAGUCAGGCUAAGAUAGAUGAAGGCUCUUGUCCUCAGCUGCCAGUUCUGGCCAGUGUCCCUUUGCUGAAUAGGUGUGUUCCAAAGCAUUUGACCAAGUUAGCCAACCAAACCUUAAUCAGACUAUUUGACUCGCUAAAUGAUAGUGACUUAUUCCAGAAAGUACUCAGUGACCUUUACACCAGCUGGAAAGAAAUGAUGGUCCUAUGUUUUGUUGCCUUAGGAUUUGCAGUGCUGAUGGUACUCCUCAUCAGGUUCCUGGCCGCUUUCAUUGUCUGGGUAAUUAUGGGACUGGCUGUCCUCGGCAGUGUGGUGGCCACUGGAUUUCUGUGGUGGACAUAUGCAGACAUUAAGAGUGAUAUGGACUGAAGAAAGGAGACAAAAAGAAUACCACUACUAGAUGUUGAAGUGGACAACGAGCAGGCUUUCCUUAUCUUCUCUAUCAUCGCUACUGUCCUCACUGUAAUCCUGCUUCUGAUUCUGCUGGUGAUGAGGAAAAGAAUAGCCCUGGUGGUGGCCCUGUUUAAGGAGGCGGGAGAUUGUGUCCAGUCGAUGCCUUGUUUGCUGAUUCAGCCCCUUUGGACCUUCCUCAUCCUCAUCCUCUUCUUUGUCUACUGGGUCAUCAUUCUGGCCUAUCUCUCUACAUCAGAAAAAGCGUCCCUUGGUGAGAAUUAUAUUGUGCGGUAUGAUGAGCAUGAGACUGUGUCGUACCUGUGGUGGUACCACCUUAUUGGUUUAAUUUGGACCAGUGAGUUCAUCAUUGCCUGUCAGCAGCUUGUCAUAUCUGGAGCUGUAGCCAGCUGGUAUUUUACAAGGGAUAAGAGUACUGUAAGCUGUCCUCUGUGUAAAUCUAUAAGUCUGCUGGUGUUCCACCAUCUUGGAUCUGUUGCCUUGGGAGCAUUUGUUAUCACAAUGGUCAAAUUGCCUCGUAUGAUACUGAUGUACCUACAGAAAAAGUUUAAGGGCUCAGAGAACCAGUGUGCCCAGUACUGUCUCAAGUGUUGUAUCUGUUGUCUAUGGUGCCUGGAGAAAUGCCUGAAAUAUCUCAAUCAAAAUGCAUACACUGUUGUAGCAAUAAGAGGAACCAAUUUCUGCUCAUCAGCCAAAAAAGCCUUUUUGACGUUAUUCAAUAAUGCCCUGCGUGUGGUAGCUAUUAAUAGCGUUGGAGACUUCAUUCUGAUGCUGGGUAAAAUUGGUGUGAUGGCCGCCACUGCAGCUGUGGGCAUCAUCUGGCUCAAGGACAAGGAGGGCUUGCACUACUAUCCUGUUCCGGUCCUUCUCACCUGUGUGUUUGCUUUCUUUGUUGCUCACUGUUUCCUGUCUAUUUAUGAGAUGGUGAUUGAUGCAAUCUUCCUGUGCUUCUGUGAGGAUGUUGAUAUGAAUGAUGGCUCACCAGAAAGACGGUACUUUGCCAGCCAGUCAUUACAUAAAUUCAUUGAAGAAAGCAGUAAAAAGCUAAAUGAGUUGACAAGGGAAGGAACAGCAGAGGAGACAGAACCAGCCAAGCUGUAACUAUAGCAACAACAAAUACGGCCUGAUUUCACCAAUCAAAUUGGUGCAACUAUUUCCAGGGAUUUUAUUCAUAGAAUGUCAUCUUGAUUGAUUGACUGAAAAAAUAAAUACAAAGAAGCUUCUGAAAAUUUUGAAAAGCUAUGAACUUGCAUAGAAAAGACAUUGAACAUUGUAUUACAAAGAUAAAAAAAAAACAACAAGAAAUUGUCAGGGAAAAGUAUUUUCUCUGUAAGUGUAAUAUGUUGCUGCUCUAGGAUGGAUGUUGAGGUGUGGCUGUGUGAUUUAAAUGCUGUCUGCUAUAAACAAUUUAAGAAAUUGCUGAACAAAUUAUAAAGUUAUAUAUUUUUUUCAUAUCCAUGAGGAACAAUAUACUGACCAUUUUUCAUCAUCACAAAUCAUAGGAAAGUAACAACCCAAGGGAGAUAAUUCUGGAGAAAUAGUUAACAGAAAGGCUGUCAUAUAUAACACGGACACAACUAAGUGCUGAUUAAAUGUACAAUGAUAUGAGCUACAUAAUGUACCAACUACAGGUAUUAUCCUCAUUUUUCAAUAAACUUGUAAUAUUGCCAAGGUAUAACUUUAUUAGGAACAUAAUUUUGCCAUAACUGCAUAUUUUUUGCUUUGUCCAAGUUAGACCUGGUUUGCAGGAUUAAAUUUUUCGCAACCGUGUCUUAUAAUAAUUUACUUGUUCUUUAUGUUUGUGAUAUAUUUAAAGUCCAUGAAUACAGUAAUUCAGUCUCUCUCUAGUGUUAUAUAUAACGGUAAAUAUUUCUACCUGAAUUAUAGUUCACAAACUUCUAUUUCCCUGUCAGGCAAUACAAAUCUGAAUCAAGGUUGUUAUUUUAUGAUACUUUUGUGACCUAGAUGUCAGGUUGAAUGUUGACAAUCCAAUCACUGUCAACACUGCUUUCUUAUAGUUUUAUAAAAUCAUAUGUUAAAUGAGACUGGCAUUCUAUUACAUUACCUGUGGCCUUGAUCAUAUUACAGGUGUAUUAACAGGGGACACAUUGUACUUGAUUAAUGUGUUUGCUGUUCUAAAACACAGACAUGGCAUUUAGAAAUUUAUAUUAUAGGUAUAUAGACAAAUGUGACUAGUAUGAAUUAACAUCAACUUGGUGCAGUUUAAAAGCAAUGCUUACUUUGUUUAUUUGAUAUAAGAACUUAAAAUGACUCGGAUGUAUGCUGUAUCUCCUAUUUUGUUUUGUGUUUAAUCCUGGGUUAUAACAGUGUGAAUACCAUACUAAAAUAUGUGUGAGUUUAAUGGAUGUUUUCAUCACCAGCCUGAAUUGUUAUGUGAUUAACAGUGUUGCUGUACCUAGCUGUUCUAACAGUAAACACUAAAUAUAUUUUGUAAAAAAAAAAAGCUGCUUUUACUUCUCCACAAAUGAAAAAACUGCUUUGGUUUUCAGCUUCGUAUUUGAUUGUGAUUUGUAUAUGGUAAAUAAAUGUCAUUGCAUAGGGGAAAAGAUUGUGUAGCAGAUUUAUAUAUAUUUUUCUUUGUUUUUUGUUUUGUUUUGUACACUUUGUAAUCAAAGUAUGAAAAAAGAAGUAUGCCAUGAAUUGAGUAGCUUGUUACAGUUUUGAUAGUUUUUGUUUAGAAUGUUGUGGAAUUUUUGUGGUUUAAAGUCUUGAAAAUCAUAGUGCCAUGUAAAUAUUUUUUUUGUAUUCUUUAAAUUCAUUUGUGCUGGUCUUAGUUUACUAGAAUUUGCAAAGUUAAUUUUUCAUGAACUAUUGUUACAUUUAUAUUUAUAUUACCAGUGUAACUUUGUUUUUUCCUCGUAAAUAAUUAUAUAUAUUUGUUUGUAUUUACCAAUUCUAUAAUCUGUUUAGUUUUAAUCAAAGUAAUAAAAUUAUUACAGAACUAUCACUGAGAAUUUAUAUUAUGUUGGGUAUCAAUGAGUAUAAAUAUUCAAUAUUGACAGUUAAAAAUGAUUUGUUUUGUACCUGUUCACAUUUGUUUACCUUUUGGUUGUUUUAUAAAAAUCAGAAUUAAUGAGUUUCAUGUUGGGAACUUGUCAAUUUGAGUUAUCGUGUUUAUCUAACGGGGGAUAAUAUACAGAUGUAUUUCAUAUUGGAUGAAAAAUACAAGGGUUGUAGAACUUUUUUAAACUGUUUAAACUGUUUUGGUUAAGUAACAAGAGAUAACACAACAAAAAAUAUACGUUUUUCUUUUGCUGAUCUUUUUUUAUUAAAUUACCCGAUAAGCAUCUUCUUUUGAGGAAAGUAUGAAACUAUCAAUUAAAGAGAGACUGUCUACCACAAACUGCAAACUUUUCCUCUCUUUUAAACACACUGGUUUGUAGCAUUUUUUGUUAUUUGUGAUAGAAUCCAGCCUGGACAUUUAUUAUAUGUUAAGUUUUUCAUUCCAGCAUAAUGCAGUAAUUGGUGCAAAUUUCUGAUUUGUAGUUCGGUUCAUUUGAGUAAUCAUGAGAUUAUUAGUUUUUAAUUUUACAUUGCCCACAGGCCUUAGUGUGAUUGUAAUGUUUUAAUUUUUAUAUCUAUUCGUUGUCCAUUACCUUUCACUUCAAAAUCUUUACAAUUCAAAUUUGUCUGAGUAUAUUUUAACGAAAUUUCAAUGAGAGCAUCUAGGGAACUUAAUAUUCCAUGGUAAAAAAAGGGUUUAGUUUCCAACCAGCUGGGUAUUAAAGGGAAACCUUCAAAUAACUGUCCCUUAACACUGGUACAAAUAGCUGUCCCUUUAGCACUGGUACAAAUAGAUGUCCAAUUAAAAUUAGCACUGGUACAUAAAAACUGUCCAUUUAAAAUUAGCACUGGUACAAAUAACUGUCCAUUUAAAGUUAGCACUGGUCCAAAUAACUUUCCAUUUAAAAUUAGCACUGGUACACAUAACUGUCCCUUAAGCACUGGUACAAAUAACUGUCCAUUUAAAAUAAGCACUGGUACAAAUAGCUGUCCCUUUAGUAAUAGUAAUGGAUUACUUUUAUUUGAAAUUGAUUUGGAGCACCCUUUGACAAGAUGGACUUAAUGUUGUAAAUGAGCUAUGGAUUAACUUGAAAAUGUAGAGAAACGACUGCCAAAUUUUCCAGACAUGGUGAUCAACCAAAUUAAACUUGACCAGGAUAUGGAAUGUUACAUACAGAAAGAAUUAUGUCUCCUAGGGUACCAUUAUUUGGGGACUAAAAAGGGGAAAUAUUUGCAAUGCAAAAAGUGGUGUUCUUUUUAGUGAAAAUGUUACUGCUUCAAUAUUUGUUAAUUGGUAAUACAUGCCCUUUAGGACUCCUUUAAGUGCACUAUUCAAUUUUUUACAAUGGAUAUACAUGUAUGUUCCAAAUACUAUAUAGAAAUAUGUUUAAAUUUGCUCUGUUGCUUUUUUACACAUCUUUUCAUUGCAUUGAUUCAUUUCGAUUAUUAUUUUGAUAAGAUAAUUUUACACUUUGAUAACACUUACGUUGUAUUAUAUUCCAAACUACUUGUUUCUAUUUUUAGAUUGGAAUCCAUGAAGUUUUCUAUGCUGUCAUUCAUUAUUUAGAUACCAGUUAUUUUCUCCUAUCUCUAUAAAAAUAGAUUGCUGACCUUUGUGACCUUUACUGUUACAAGGUCUCCAUCAGGUAACUGCUUACACCAAAAUUCAGUCAUUGUUGAGUGACUCCAGCUAAUGAAAAUAAAUAUUCCUGAAAGUCUUAUAUGUUGCAAACUUUUUAAAAUCAGAAGUUUACCAAUGAUACACCAUACUUUUUUUUUUCUUCCAAAAGAUGUCCCUAGUUUGAUAUGUUUGCUAUAUUUACCAUUGGAUUUGCAUUAUCGAUAUAGUGUUUUUCAAAAAUGGGAGAAAGGAAGUUAUCAAGGUAAUAUAUUGAAACUUACCCUCAAAUGUGAGACUUUUUUAGGUUCUCUUUAUCCUACAUACCUUUGUACAAUAUACACAUUUUGGGUCACUGAGGCACUUUCUGGGUGAGGGAAGCUUGAUCAUUAAGCAAUUUUGAAAGCUGCUGUACAUUUGAGAUUUAAAGGGAGAGGUGUUGCCUGUUAUUGAUAGUUUAAUAUGUAGUUUGUGGUACCCUAAGUUUACAGACUGCUUGUGUUAUAGUAAAACUGUAAUUAUUUCCUCCUCUUUUGAAAAGAGACUAGAGGUAUGAACUUAAUACAUUUUUAUGCUUUUAUAUAGAUCUGUUUCACCCAUAUAUUUUCAAUUUUGAUGAGAUUUUGUAUGAUUCGGGAUAUAUAUAUAUAUGAUAUAAUGAGUAAUAAAGUAUACUUGCUGAUGAAAA